AAAGAGCAAGUCUCAAUAUCCCUCAUAGAAAGAAAGAUAGAGCUAGAGACUAUGUUGAAAAGUUUUUAAAAAUUCUUUAAACAAUGUUAAAAACAACUUUAUUCGUAUCAUAUUUAAAAUAACUUUAAUAAUUAUACAAAUUAGAUAUGUAUCAAAUAAAAUCAAAUGAUCUAUUUUUUAAAUCCUGAUGCAACGGGGAUGAAAAUUAGGGGUGAAUAAACGAACACCGCACCGCACAUUCGAACAAAGUAAAAGUGGUGUAUUCAUAAACAUGGCGUUUAAUUUUUGGCGUCCGCCUUUUCAUCAAAUAUUCAACUGACCCAGAAACCCCUUAGCCAAAUUAUAAAUUAUAAGCGCAUCAUUAAAGAAGAUUUGAAAGCUGGCUGAGUGGUGUGCUGAAUUUGGGUCAGGAAGUGAACGAAGGAAAAAACGAUGGGUUGGUGUGGGGCAGUGCCAAGCUAGUGGUGUAGUGACAUGCAGUCUGAGCCUAGCACGAGGUACAUCCAUUCAGUCUCGGAUCUCUUAUAUACUACUGACGAAAUCGAAUUUCUACUUGACGACAUUAGAGACCUGGAGCCCAAAAAUUAUAAGCCUGAAGAUAUUCAGGAUCCGGAUGGUGGUAUGAGUUGUGUGUUGCAGGACUUCGAGAUAGCGGGUAGCAGGACGGGGGCUCUAAGCAGCGCAGGAGGAGCGGCAGAGUGCACAGGUGCCGCAUCCGAGUGCGCAGGAGGUUGCGAGUGCGAAUCACCCCUCGGGACCGUCAACUCGUGGGACUCGCACUCACAUUACCGCCGGAACCCACCCUCUCCUGAUCUCUCGCUCUAUUCAGGGGUCAUCCUUUACUGCGAUCACACUCAUCUUAGAACGUCGACGGGAUUUUUUCGUCUGUUAUUGCUGGCAACAUCGAUAGCUUGCCUAGCAUGCUUGUGUACAUCAGGGACAUUGAAAGUCGGACUCUUCAUGCUUCCAUCGAUAGGAAGGAUACGUUUCAUGAUGUUCAUAACCUUAUUAAGUAUGUUCACUACCUGCCUUUUGCUGUUUCUUGAUAUUUCUCACAUCGUAUAUUUGUUUCCGUUCAAUUGGGGAAAAGUGAAUGCAUAUUUCUAUGUAAGCCUUAGUGUGUUGUUCCUUAUAGCUUCGAGUCUGUUAUUUCAUAUGAUCUUUUCGAUAGAACUGCCGAAAUGGACUCACCAUCAGUUAUUAGUUACCGGAUGUUUGGGGUAUGUCUGCAGUAUAGAAUCGGCGAUAAUUUCGGUGAUCCAGAAAUGCCAAAUGGCCCAAUACGAGCCAGUCGAAGAGGAUCUCAGUUUCCAUUUACAGGAGAGACCAUUCUCUCCAAAGGAUUCUCCUCAACACAACAAAGUGAAUCAAACAACGCACAAUUACAAGCCUAUUGUCAACUACUCGAACCCAUCUGUCGAGUUGCAGCUGCGCAGGUCAAGCUACGCAAGAGUUGUCGUAGAAGAACGAAUUUUAGCUCAGGUAGUACCAUCGACGUCAAAACAAGACCCAAUGAAUUACUUAGAUGACAUCCAGCCGUGUUCAUCCAAAUCUGGGGAUCCAUAUAGAGUAGUAUGAUUAUAGCUGAGGGUUUUACUUCAGUGAGAUUAGUACUGUUAUAUCAUUAGAAAGGCAGAAUGGAUAUAUUUCCACAGAUACGGGAAUACGAUAAUUUUCCCAUAAUGGAAAUUUUUAGAUAAAUAAAGCAAAGAUUAUUGAAAGAGGAACACCACAUUACAAGUCUGGCUAAUUGGCUCUGCCAAAGCCAUUUUUCAGAAAAAAAACACCACAUCGAUCAUUUUUUACGGUUUCAAACUUUUUACUUGAUAGAUAGAGAUUUUUGAUUCUGGCAUUUAGUUUUCGUAUACUGAUGUAUCCAAUAAAACAAUAAUUAACGGAUAUCAAAUGAAUGCAAAAUAAUUAUACUGUCCAUUAAAAUACUUGCCUAUUGUAUUACUCGACUGCCUCAAUUACUUUUCUCGAGGUAUUUAUGUCUGAAUUAUUUUUGUUAAUAUUGCAUAAUAUAAUUUCUUAAACGGAAUGAAUGAACAAUUGUUAUCCCCUUCAGGAAUCAUGCCAAAGACAAAUUAUUUAACACAUGUUUUUUACUUAAUCCCAUUACCUCAUUGUCCUUUCUCGUGUGCUCUUUCUAGCGAUUCGACAAUCCGCAAUUCUUCAUGUCUGGUGAUUAUCUUUAAACCACGUUGAACCCCGUUUCCUAUGUAUCAUACACCAUGAUACAAGUCUGAGGACACAUAAAUGUGGAAAACUUGUCAAAGUUGAUAAUUUUUUGCUUUGACUCUUAUCAUUCAGCCGGUAAAGUAUGACAUAACUAGUCGAUAGUUAAAAAUAACAAAAUUUACAAUUUAUCUAUAUCCCUAGUCUUAACAACAAAGAAAAAAGAACAGGGACACACUUUUCUUGUCCGGGGAGCCGUAAGUCAGUAAUGAACUUUAUGUUUAUUUUUUUUAUUGAAAGGAUAUUGGAAAUAUAAUGCAACAAAAAUUAUAACUCAGUUUACUACAGCCUAAACUAUCUACGGAAAAUUUUUCUUUAAAUUUAAACAAGUUUUAAGGGUUGAAAGAAUAAAAUGUUCAGUGAUCUAUAAAUAGAACGCUGGCAUAUAAUGGGUUAAUAGAGAGGAGGUAGAACGUCUAAACCAUUUUAAAUACGUAGACAGCUGGUUACAUGUAAAUUGUGACUCUCAUGAAUAGAUAAUAACCAGGAUCGAAAUAUCACGUAAGACUUUUAUGACCAGGGACAGGAAACUAGUUUUAUGUAACAAAAACCUGUCGAUACAUAUUCGCAAGAAAAUUCUGAAAUGUUAUGUGUCUAUCGUAUUAUAUGGUUGUGGGACAUGGACUAAAAACCACAAUGGAAAAGUGGAGGGAAAGGGAUGGACUUGUCGAAAUAAACUAUAAACUAAAUAUUAGCCAAAAAGAUUUCAGGAAAUUGUAAACAUGAUGACGGCCAACGUCUAAGUACGGACACGGCACGUAAAAAAGAAUAAGGCGAUAGCUAGUAAAGAUUUUCCCAGGAACUUUCUCCUCCUCAGUCGUUUCCUCAUUGCUGAGUGUCGUGAUUCCCUAUAAUACGAGCAACUAUCUCUUUCCAUCGGCUUCUGUCCUGAGCUUCCCUCAUGGAUUCAGAGAAUGUUUUUCCACUGGCUUUCUGUACUUGAUCCGUCCAUCGAGUAGGUGAGCGACCUCUACUUCUGCGCCCUUUCCCGAAAUUAUAAGUCUCUCAAGAUUAUCAUCACUUCUCUUGCAAUAUGGCCGAAAAAUUUUAAGACGGUGGAGAGGCAAAUAGAGAAAAGUCGAGUCUGAAUAUUAAGCUCUUGGAGGAUUGAGUGAUUUGUUCUGUUUCCGUCCAUGAGAUCCGAAGCAUUCUUCUCCAGCACCACAUUUCAAAGGCGCCAAUCCUUUUUCUGUCGUCUGAUUUCAUUGUCCAUGUUUCAGAUCCUAAUUAAAAAUGGGAAAAAUUAAGGCACGUACUAAUCUUAUUUUGGUGUUCUUCGACAAGGAGCGAUCUUUCCAGAUUUUCGAUAAUCGACUCAUAGCGUUUUUGGCCAUGCCUAUUCUCCUACGUAUGUCUGUUUCACAAGAUCCUAUAUCCGAGGAACAGCUCUUGCUUAAUAGUUAGGUCCUUGAAACAGAGAUAUGUCAAGAAUAGAUCUGGCAGACCGCAGAAGAGGUGGGCAGAUGAUAUCAAACAAGUCGGGGGCAAACAGUGGAGGAGAAUUGCCAAGAGUAGAAAUCGAUGGAAGCAAAUGGAAGAGGCCUAUGUCCAGCAGUGGACGAACACAGGCUGAAGAAGAAGAAGAAGAAGAUCUGGCUAGGGAUAUGCUACUCAAUGCAUCGGAGUGUAAUGUCGAUAUCAAGUACGGUGGUCUAGCUAUCUUUGUCUGUCGUGCGAGUGUGAGCGUAUCUACCAAGAGGUGGGAGUAAUGGAACGACAGUGACACAGAGGCGGCAGCCAUCAUAUGCUAGAGAGAGAAAGUUAAGCGCCGGUAGAGAGAGAUAGAUAGACCACCGACCCGAACUGCUCCGCGUUACGCUAUUUUUCGGAGUUGGCCAAAUCUAUGUGUAUAAGAUCUUUGCCUUGAAAUCGUAUUGUUGUCUCUUCUUCUGUUUUUAUAUCUAUCUGUGCGAUAACUCUUGGAAAAAUAAAAGUCCUAGAGUAUUGAAAUUUGGCAUGAUACUUCGUUUUAUAUUGAUUUAAACGAAUCCUGUAUAGUUCAGUAAACAUACUAAAUAUUUCCUAACGAUUAAAGCAUCAAUAAAUCUACUUUGCUUUGAAUAUUAAAUACGAUUGAUCUUAAACACUGAUAACUCGGAGAUAAACCGUAAUUUAAAUGAUCUAGUGGUUAAUUUAAAGAUGAUAAAUGUUAAUUCUAUUGAAAUUUUUGUUUCCAUUCUCUUAGCAACCCAGCAUUUGUAAUGAUACGUUGUUUUCCGGGAUUAUAGGAAUUGGACUUGAAUUAUUUAUUUCGAAAGUUUGUUCUGCAACUACAAUAUCUGUGUCGGAUAUUCUCUAAGACCACACGGCAACGGUCGUCAGCGAGAUACAGUUACGACAGUUGUCAUAAUAUCUGUGUCGGAUAUUCUCUAAGACCACACGGCAACGAGAUACAGUUACGAUAGUUGUCAUAUUGCCUUGGCCUGCUAAUGCCUACAUUUCUUGAUAAAAUCUGGUAUUGACAUUACUCUAGACAAUAGAUAAAAUGCUUACAUUUAUUUCUUAAAUUGGUGCAUAUCAAUAAAAUUAUAAAGAUGAAAACACUUAAAUAUUUUGAGUUUUAACUGGAUACAUCAACCUAACGAAAAAGUUUCCGUGAUAAUGUUUGCUUUAUUAGAGUUUUUAGAAAUGAUAUAAAUAAUUUUAUCAAAAAUUACAUCAGUAGUGUAAACUCGAAGUAAAUAUUUUUAGCGAUAAAAUACAGGGUGUUAGUAAAUAAGUAUGAAAAACUCUAAGGGCUAAUUCUACAUAAAGAAA